CAUACUAGAAAGUUGUUUCUAAUUUCUCUGGAUCGAGAGAGAGAGAGAGAGAGAGAGAGAGAGAUGUCGUCACACAACUACAACCCAGCGUCAGCGAACGAUCCACGGCAGCCGUCAGCGUCGAAAUCGUUCCUGGCACCGAUGGUUUCACCACAGGAUGUACCCGUUGAUUACUCAGGUUUCGUUGCGGUUAUCCUUGGCGUGGCUGGCGUCAUGUUCAGGUACAAGCUUUGCUCGUGGCUUGCUCUCAUAUUCUGUGCCCAAUCACUUUCAAACAUGAGGAAUAUGGAAAAUGAUCUUAAGCAGAUUUCCAUGGCAUCCAUGUUUGCAAUCAUGGGAUUGGUUACAAAUUACUUGGGCCCUGCUCGACCUGCCUCCCAAAGUUGAGAGCGAUUCCAUCAAUAAGAGAUCAAAAGAGUAAAUGGUGACGGCAGAAUGGUCGUCUUUUACUGGGAAAUUAUGAUAAUCGCUGGCAGUCAAAUUUGACGAAUGGAUUGGAUAAGACGUCAAGUGCAUGUUCGGCAAAUUUGGUGUGAAGAACGUUGUUGAAUUUCUUUCUUUUUCCUGGAUUUGCAAUUUCGCUAUCAUGAGCUACCUACCUAGUAUUUGGAUUUGUUUGAGAAGCUUUGGAGUUGUUCAUAGAGUAACACUUUAAUUUUUUUAAAAAACUCUGAUCUUUUAGUAAGAUUAGUCAGAAAAAGUAAAAUUGAAAUUUAUUGUCCAA